AUGUUCAAUCCCAAGUGCGGAGCGAGCUUCGAUAGAAUAGAUCUAGAGCAUGAACCCCUGCAACCGAGCUUUAUCCGGACUAGGCAGGUCGUGGCGCAAAUUUUCAGUGUUCAACCCUCGAUUCCACAAGACCGCGGCCGCAAGCUUGCAGCCUUAUGCAUCGGGCUCAUGAUCAGCUUGGCCAUGGGAGCCGUAUGCACGGCGCGCCUGGAUACUGCGAUCGAGGACAGGCCUAGCUCUUCUAGAUGCAAUACGCAUUCGCACGAAACGUGCUGCAUUGCCAAGCGUAUGCCGCGUAUGCGCAUACAUGUACAUGCACAUACAGCGUACAUGAUCUCCGGAGAUCUGAGGGCCACGGCCACGCCAACAUGUGUACGAACGUCACACAUAUCCAGAUCUCUUCCUUAUAAGUCGCCAUCAGCCUGCAGAGCUAGGGGAUCGACAUCCAGACGUGCGCGCGCACCAGCCAGCACAGGAGUAAACUUCGUCUUCGGGCUCCAUUUCCCAUUUGGCAGCUCAGGUGGGAAACUGGAAGCUUUCCCAGUCUCCCAUCGGCAAGGCGAGCGCUUGCCCGACGUCCAUGUCCUGCAAAAGUUUCAACUUUUUGGGACGCCUCUCACUCCCAUCAUCCGGCGUGUAAAAGUGACCAUCGGUUCCGACCAGCUCGUUGUCUACGGCUACAGACUUGAAACGCUCCCACCGAACGAGUCCCUCGCAGACAUCCCCUCCAGUAUCCCCUGGCCGGGGGAGAUCGCCGUGUUCAGCGUUGGAAAGCGAGUCCCUUUUCUCUCCAAUCCCCGCGCCAUCAAAAAGAAAAACAUCAAUUUAGCCAUCGCUUUGUUUAUCUCCCGUAUCAUGGAAGCGCUGGAUACAGGAAAUGCACCAAGUGCUUGCGUUACGGUCAAUGGCAUGGUGGCAUGCCCCGCAUUUCUGCCCGAUCGCUUGAUCAUCAUGAAUAUUGAUAUCGAUCCUGAUCAUGAUGAGCUAACUAGAUUCGAAUUCGAACUUUCAAUUGGUCAUGAUCAUGGUUGUGCCUUACCUGGCGUGUUUUCGAGCGAUCGAACCCACAAUAUUCUGCCGUCUUGUUCUGCCGCACUCAACGUUACAGGCUCACUCAAGCAGCGUAUACAUCCACAUCCGAUAUCGAUGCACAACUAUCUUCCAUUGCGUUCAGGGGACUCCUCGUUCCAAAGAGCAAUUCACAGGGAGGGAACCCUAAUGGUCGACAAGUGCUCCAUUGGCGCAGUUGCCUUUUCUCCAGAAGGCACCUACGUUGCGACUGGAGAUGAUAAAGGUUGCAUUGUGAUCCGCUUCUCAGAGAACUGGGCGAUAAUUCGCAAAUUCAACGCAGGAUCUAAAAUUAGAGCUAUUGUCUGGCAUCCCACCCAACCCCUCACCCUCUUCGUGGGGAAUGCAGCAGGAAAUCUGUAUGCCAUUUCCGUUAAGUCCCAAGGGGUAGGUUUCUACUUUGCUUCAAACACAUUGGACUCUCAGACGUUGAACCACCAGGCAGACUCGAUCUUACGGAGGGAGUACUCCGGCUUUAUCCAAGCCAUCAGCGCAAACGUCGAUGGGUCCCAACUUGCAGUGGGAUUUACCAGCGAGAGGGAAGUCUCUGUCGUCCUAGUGGAUGAUCCUGUUUCAGAUUGUAUUCUACGCAAGCUCCUUAUCAAGCCCUCUGGAGCAUUCAACCGCGCCAAGAUCACCCAUAUAUAUUUCGUAGCCGCUACAAAUUUAAGUGACGGCAUAGACUGGUAUUCUGUCAAAACGCAAACCUACAUAAGCUCCACUCGUUACGACAUCAAGGGGAAAGACGGUUCCAUCAGGGUUGUGGGCCUGGAUUUUGUCGACAAUGACACGGUGGUUGCAGGUCAUCCAGAUGGAGGAGUCGUUUUGGCAAGACCUACGAUGAACUCCCCCGUCCGUUUCGAUGAGGCGGAAAGCAAACGACCUGGAGAUUCCACGCGAAUUUGGACGACCCGCGGGUAUUCCAACUGUCCUGCUCACGCAAAGCGAAAAGGAGUCUGCAAAUUUGGUGAUACUGAAGCUAGUCCUUCCUUUCGCCAGUGCCGUGGAUGGCCCAAUGGCAGUUGGUCACGUUUGCUCAGGGGAAGGAAAUCCGAGGAACUGGACCGCCAGCGUCGUCUGUGCCGUCAGCGUCGUUUGAGCCGUCGUCGUGUGCCGUCAGCGUCGUUUGAGCCGUCAGCGUCGUCUAAGCCGUCAGCGUCGUCUAAGCCGUCAGCGUCGUCUAAGCCGUCAGCAUCGAAGCCGUCAGCGCCCACUUCAGAGCCAUCAGCAUCAAUCGGAGCUAUCGCCACAGUUAUAUCGCCUGAAGACAGGCUCAGAACUAGGAAAUGGCCACGAGUCCUCGUCAUUUUGUCCAUCCCAUGUUCCAUCCUCAUUUACUGGGCUUCUAAACCUGUGGCGUCCCAAUUGGCUCCUUACAUCAAAACUCUUAGAGCAUCUGGGGAGGCUGCGAGGCUUGCCGAUGAACUGGAGCUGUGGGCAGAAACCGCAUGGAGCCUGAGUAACACGAGGGCAGAACCUGCCAUCGCUGGUACAACUAGAGCCUCUCAGCCUACCGGCUUGUACCUUGCCCCCGCCCCAACAGAAACUCUACAGCUCCCCGCCAACAUCGAGACAGUGACUGUCGUAUCUACUGCGACCGAAACAAAGACGAUUAUAAAUAUCGUCACGGAAUUCAAUCACGAAUCGGUAACUGCUGCUCCAGGUAACGUUCCGGUCCCAGGUGGAGGUCCAUGCGUGACCACUACAACCGCCCUUCUCCUUGUUGUCGCUGCGGCGGCGUUUGGCGCGUUAGUGGUGUAUGACCCAAAGUUGUUGAUUGCUGGCCGCAAUUGGGUCGAAGAUAUCAUUGGCAAAUUCCGAUGGGUAAAACCCACUGAAGCAGCGGCGAAAAGAAGUGGGGAAGAUUUAGGGUUGACGGGGCCAGUUGAAAUAAUAGCGAUUGUUCUACUUCCUGCCGUUUUGCCGCGCGCCGUUACCCUCGUCACGCAGCAACCUCACUCCGCUCCGUGCAUAUCCGGAGAAAAACUCCUCGAAAGGUGGGAUUAUUCCUGA